AUAAAUCCAAUGGUUAGAACUUUAUUCAACCCAUCAAGAUCUAAGGAAUCACCGAACUUAGAGAGUUUGUUGCAUGCACUAUAUGACAGCUGUCCUUCCUCCUGUGCUUUCCAGUAUGCUCUUCCACUAUCUACACCAACUUUCUCCCCAGAGGAUGAUGUCAAUGUUGGUACAGUUGUUGAAUGUGAAACAGGGGCUUUCAUACCUCCUUCCAUUUCUUCACAAGCAAAAGAUUGCAGUAGUGUAGAUGAGCUACUAGAGAAAUUGCCAACAUUUACUCCAGACCAAGCUGAAGCAUUGGAAAAGUCUACCAGAGGACAAUGGCAAUCACCCCCUGUGGAAAGAACAGCGACAAGGAAGGAUAACAGCUUCUUUGGCAUUACCAAACCAAAUGAAGAUUUGCCAGCCUUAAAAUAUGGUAGGGUCAUGGAGUCAGAGGCAAAACUCGAGUACAUCCAAGUUAUGAAAACGGUCAAGAAAGCUAAUGUCAUUGUGAAUGAAUGCGGUUUAUUUGUCCUUUUGGAAAUGAUCUAUUUAGGAGCUACUCCUGAUGGUAUUGUAUAUGAUUCUACCUCAUCUUCUGAGGGGGUUUUGGAGAUAAAGUGUCCAUAUAGAAUAGCCAAUGACAAUCCCUCCCACCAAAACCUUGAUUACUUAGAAAAAUGUGAACACGGCAGCCGGCUCAAAUGCAGUCACUCGUAUUACUAUCAAAUACAAACCCAGCUUGGAAUGACAGGAAAAAAAUGGUGUGACUUCUUUGUUUAUACAAAGGCGGGAUAUUUCUUGGAGCGCGUGCACCUGAAUCAAGAGGUCUGGGAUGAAAUCAAAGCUUGUGUGAAAGAAUUUUUUACAAAACAUUUAGCACAAAAACUAGUUAGCUAGGGAUGUAGGUGAACAAGCCUUGUGGAAUUCCAAUAGGGUGACAAACAUGAAGAUGAUUAAAUAACAAUAAUAAACUGCUUUUAGUGUUUAAGAGGGUGACAUGCCAUUAUUUAUGGCAUAUUAUGUCAAAUAUGAAUGCCCUUUCAUAUGUCAUUUCACAGUAAUCAUACAUGAAGGUCAAGGCCAAGGGCUAAAAGAUCACAAAAUACAUAAUGAAAACUUUAAUCAAGUAAUUUACAAAAUGAAUAUGAUAUUAAAAAAUUUGAAUCUUUGAAUCUCUGGCAUUCUUCAUGCUAUGUUCAUCAAACUCCUUUGAGUAAAUUUGGAUUUUAAUUUG